AUGGCGUCGCUAUAUCUCGGCGUCUACCGCGCCAUCUACGACUACGAUGCGCGUGCCGAUGAGGAGUUGUCCAUUCACGCUGACGACUUGUUGUACUUGUUGGAGCAAUCCGAUGUGGACGACUGGUGGAAAGUCAAGAAACGAGUGUUGCCAGUGGGCGACGAGGAGGUGGACGAGCCUGUGGGUUUGAUUCCGCUGAAUUACAUAGAGGAGGCUCCUGUUGUCAAGAAAUGUACAGCAUUGUAUGACUAUGACAAGCAGACCGAAGAAGAGCUUUCGUUUAAGGAGGGUGAAUCCUUCAAUGUUUACGAUUUGAACGAUCCAGACUGGUUGCUUGUGGGAGACAGUGCCCGACAGGCAUUUGGAUUCAUUCCAGCCAAUUACGUUGAGAUUGGUGAGGGUUCAGCUGCGCCAGUAGCUGCUCAGGCGGCUCCAGCAGCUACUGGAGCUUCAGUGGCGGGCUAUCAGGCCCCUGUGCCAAUUUCCAACUUUGCUCCGCCUCCACAGCGUCAGGAUCGUAUUCAAGGAACGCAAAACGUGGAGGAAUCAGUGGAGCGCGUUGAUGUGGCCUACGACGAGGAGGAAGAAGAUGAGGCUCCACCUCCUAUGCCUCUGAGACCUACAAACACAGGGCCACAAGCGGAGUCUGGCAAUGGAGAUGAAGUAGUGAGAAAUGUGCCAAGACCAGUGGAGACUCAUCAGACCGGCAACUACGAGCAGGAGGAAGACGUAGAUAAACAGGAACACAGUUUCGAUGGUGAGUAUUUCAGAUGGUACAUUGACGAAUUGGACGGCCGCAAGAAGCGUGCAGUGGUCCUUUCUGUUGGCAAUGGCUUAAUCAUUUUGAAACCAAACCCCAAGAAGCUGCGGAUGCGGUCUGCAUCGUCACUCGACAAUAACUGGCGAAUCCGUGAUAUGGUGGAGUACAAUCAUGAGAAGAAACAUGUAUUUUUAGAGUUCAAGAACCCUAGUGCAUCGUUGGAGUUGCAUGCUGGUUCCAAAGAUGUGGCUGAGGCCAUUGUGGCUGUUCUUGGAGAUUUGAAGGGCGCCGAACAAGCCAAAGGCUUGAAGGAGGUUGCAAGAGCGUCUCUGACGAAGACGGACGCUAAAAACAGAAGAGUGGGUCGCUUGCUCUAUACGUUCAAGGCUCAGAGCCACGAUGAAUUGAGCUGUAAAGAAGGUGACGAAGUGUACAUUGUUGAUCUGAGUAAAUCCAAAGAGUGGUGGAUGUGUGAGAGAACCUCUGAUGGAAAGCAAGGUGUCGUUCCUUCGAGUUACAUUGAGAUUGUGGGAACUACUAACCUAGACAAGUUGACUGAUGGAGUUCAGAGGAGAAAGUCCGAGCGGGCUGGAUCUACCAAGGGUCGCGUUGUCGACCUGGGCUCAUCCAAAAAGAAACAUCAUCGGUACUCAAGAGAUGAGAGAGACAAAAUUAGAGAAAGCGACAGGGCCAAACGUGACCGUGCGGAUAGAACCGCUGCAGAUGAUAAAAACAUGCCCAACUUUCACCGUGUGCGGACAUGGAUCGACAGCUCGGGCUCUUUUAAGGUUGAGGCAGAGUUUUUGGGUUGUGUGGAAGGUAAAAUUCACUUGCACAAGACCAAUGGAGUCAAAAUUGCUGUUGCUGCCACCAAAUUGUCCAUCGAGGACUUGGAGUAUGUGGAGAAAGUCACUGGAACUUCUCUACAACUGUACAAAGACGAAGUCUUGCGUCAAACGGCAAAGAAGAAGCUGUCUGGUGCUCGCCAUGAAGGCGAAUCCAAACCCACUUCUGUUCCUGCUGUUGAGCCUAAAGAGACUCCAAACAGACCAAGGCUGGCUACUGCGGCAAUCAAUGAUGUUCCCCCUCCAAAGCCAGACAGAUCAAAGUCAACUGCGAUGACUGUUGGAGAGCCAGACUACGAUUGGUUCGAAUUCUUUCUUCAGUGUGGUGUGGAUAUCGGCAAUUGUCAGCGUUACCUGAUUAACUUUAGUAAGGAGCAGAUGGAUGAGUCUAUUCUUGAAGAUAUUACACCUUCACUUUUGAGAUCACUCGGUUUGCGUGAAGGUGACAUUUUGCGGGUUAUGAAACACUUGGACGCGAAGUUCGAUCGUAAGAAACCUGUUGAGAGUGAGGCUCCUUCAGGUAGCUUAUUCACUGAACCAACUGGUGCAUUAAAGAACAACAGCACAACAGAGGUGUCCAAGAUCACCGCAAGUGCGCUUCCAGAUCCUUCUCCUAGAAAGGAGGUACAAGAUCCUAUUGGAUCCGGUACCGCUUCUAAGUUCGAAGAUGAUGCAUGGGCUGUUAAGCCAGCUGCCCGUUCUAACGAAGAUCUCACCAGAACUACCUCGCGGCCACAGUACACUGGCUCCUUGCAGGAUCUCGUGGACAUCAAGCCUUUGGAAGCCAACAAGCCUCCGCAGACUCCAGAGAAGGACGCACAUCUUAGACCGGCUCAAGUUGCCUCAACACCUUCUGCUCCUGCAAUGACCCCAGUGAAGACUGGAACAUUGAUCCAACCCAAUCAGCAGUUCUCAGUGCAAAAGACGGGGUCGAGCACUCAGCCAUUGGUGGCAUCAAGUACAGGAGGGCUCAUUCCAGUUCGUACUGGUGGUUUAAUUCCUGUUCAGACCGGUGGACUCAUUCCAGUUCAACCAACUGGAUUUAUUCCUAUCACUGCUCAGCCCACAGGCUUUGUUCCAAUCCAAGCUACUGGGGGAAUUCUUCCUCAGUUGACGUUUGGUAUUGUGCCAUUGCAGACUGGCACACUGACUUUCACUGCCCAGAAGACAGGCCCUCAGACCGUCCCACCAACGACAUUUGGCCAAAUGCCUAUGCAACCAACGCAGUCAUUUGUCCCCUUGCAAACAGGUAAUGUCACCAUGCCACAGACUACUUUCAACCAGCCUAUUGGUGGCGACCAGGUAAUGGGUGGAGCUUAUCCUCCAAUCUCGGGCCAGGCCACUGGUGGACUUGCCAAUACGUUUGUGCCGCAAUCCACAUUUGGCAAACAAAUCACUGGUGGGUUUAUGCCGCAGCCAAGUUUCGGUAACCAAGCUACUGGUGGAAUGCCACCAACUUCUUUUGGCAGCCAAUUUACCGGUGGAGCAAUGCCACCAACCUCUUUUGGAAGUCAAAUUACUGGAGGAGCAAUGCCGCCGACCUCAUUUUCACAACAGGCUACUGGAGGAAUGAUGCCGCAAACCUCAUUUGGCAAUCAGGCCACAGGUGGUUAUAAUACCCAGAGUAUGGACCAAAUGACCAGUAUGUUUCAGAACACCUCUGUAGGUGGGGCAUAUCAGCCACAGUCUAAUGGUUUCCAACAGUCAUUUGGUCAGCAGCCUACAGCUUCAUUUGGCCAGCAGCCUACGUUUGGUCAGCAGCCUACGUUUGGUCAGCAGCCUACGUUUGGUCAGCAGCCUACGUUUGGCCAGCAACCUACUACUUUUGGCCAAUUCGGACAGCCACAAUUUGGCCAGCAGCCACCAAAUUCCUUUGGCCAGCAACCGCUGACUUCUUUUGGACAAAUGCCUACUACAAGUUUUGGCCAACAGCCUCAAUUUGAAGGCUUUGGAACCCAACCCUUGCAGUCGCAGCCAACGGGCCAGGGAUUCGGAAACGCUCCUCAAUUGCAAUCCCAACAAACAGGAAGGAGAGCAAACUUGCAGGCUGCCACUGCAGACAAUCCAUUUGGAUUCUAG